UUGUUGACAUAAAUUAAUAUUUCCUACUAUUUUUAUGCAGUUAUAUAACACAAACAUUUUCUAGGUAGAAAAGGUAGUAAGUACCUACUAAACAACAUUCAAUGGUACUUAUCUCCAAGGUUAUCACUCGCUAGACUGUACAUACAUUUACUAUUUAACACAAAUCGAACCAUUACGAAAUUGUAAUUGUUAUAUAGUUCAUUUUGAAGACUAGAGUAGAUGAACAACUAAUUCGGACUUCCUUAAAGAAUUUUUGUUGAUGCUAGCUUUGUUGUAUAAUAAAAAUGGCAACAGAACAGUUCCGUAUAUCCUUCAAAACGUGGAAUCUAGACACUGAUAGAAUAUAUUCAUUUGAUAAAGAUUUUUUUCGUUAGUGCGAUCUCGUGUAGUACGACUUCUGUAAUUGAUGACAAAAUAUUCACUUUCGGAACUAACAUUUUGAACAAAUCAAUAUGGAAUUAGAAGUAGAAGCAAGCAAACCUCCACGAAAAGGAACUAUUCGUCAGCGAAUCCACAAACUAAGAAGGGGCAUAACCGUCGAACCAUUCUUGAUAUGUUUUUGUUUACCUUAUUCCAUGUCGGCGUUAACGAUACAAAAUUUAAGUUUAGAAAAGGCCUGUCGCGUGAAUCUUAACCUGAACACUUCGGUAUGUGAUGCGAUCCAUCAGCAUAUCGAUGACGCUUACGAUAAAGUUGACGAGAUCGCUGUGCAAAAGGUUGUUGCGUCUGCAUACGUUUGGAAAAAUGUUAUCUUCAGUGUUUUCCCCGCGAUCUUGCUACCCUUGUUGGGAUCUUGGAGUGACCGGCAUAAUACUCGAAAGGUGUUGAUGCUCCUGCCUAUGGCCGGUGAAGUAAUUACCAAUGUCGGUUUUAUUUUAUGUACUUUUUUCUUUUACGAACUGCCGAUGGAAGUAAACACGGUGGUUGAAGUGCUUCCCACCGCGAUUACGGGAGGUAUCAAUAUGUUACUGCUUGGUGUAUUCACCUACGUUGCCUCCAUCAGUAGUAUAGAAGACAGAACGUUUAGACUUGGAGUCAUACAUAUUUUAUACGGAAUAAGCACAACAGUAGGAUAUGCUUGUAGCGGAAUUGUGUACACUUUAAUAGGAUUUUAUGGUGUCUUCGUAUCGUCUUUAAUAAUGUAUGCAUUAGGAGGACUGUAUGCAUACUAUGGAAUUAAUGAAGCGCCGUGCAAUCGGCCGGGACCACUUUCUAAAUGUGCACGUGUGAAGGAUAUGGUCAAUGUGAAACAAACUCUGACCACAUUCAACUUCUUGUGGAAUAGACGUCGUGCAGCUCAAUCGAAACAGAUUUAUUUAAUUCUAAUUUUGGCUAUUUUAGUUCUGGGACCAGGUCAAGGGGAAGAAACAGUACUUUAUUUGUACACAAGAUUAAAAUUUAGUUGGAGCGAAAUUGAUUACAGCCUUUUUACUGGCAUCUAUUCAGUAGCGCAUCUUGUUGGGAACUCCUUCGCGAUAUUAAUAUUUUCGAAAUGGUUAAAAUUCGAUGAUGCGAUCUUAGGUAUUAUUUCGAGCGUUAGCAAAAUCGGUGGUGGAAUAGUAUACAUCUUCGCACAGACGACUUUAGUAUUUUAUUUGGGAACGCUUGCAGAGGUAUUCAAUGGUACCGCAUUUGCUGCAUCCAGAUCGAUCAUUACAAAGCUUGUCUUGGAACAAGAUUUAGGUAAAGUGAAUUCCUUAUUCGGGAUGGCGGAAGCAAUUACAACUUUGAUAUAUGGACCUGCCUUUAGUGCGCUCUAUAAGUCUACCAUUCAGAUUUUCCCAGGAACCUUUUUUGUCGUCGGGUCUUGUCUUACCAUCCCGCCGAUAAUAAUGUACAUCUGGCUGUACUCCAAAAGGAACGAACGGUUUGUGUCGGAAGUGCAUAGCGGUGGAAUCGAACAUUACGCAUUAGACGAAACUCCAAAAGUAUACCAAAGUCCUCAAAGUCUUCCACAAAUGGUUGCUGGAACAUAAAUAUAUGAUAUAAAUUGUUUCUACUAAACUGUGAUAUGAAUAAAAGGUCACUCACACAUU